CCAACUCGCAAUCUGAUAGGCUGUGUGGGGUAUUUUGGAUUGUUGUGACUGAGGAAUGGAGCCAUCUUGUUUUAUUUCUGUUCUGGAAUACAUUUGGACAGGCCGAACGAAAAUAAGGGCAUUCGAAUAAUGAUGUAGCUAGUUAGCGCGCUUGCUAACAAUAUUGCAUAUAUUUGUAUGUUUAGUUUACUACUUCUACCGCUCUUUGAAUGGCUAGCAACUAUCUUUGGUGCUUAUAGGGUCGAAGCCAACGCGUUGGUUCAGGUCUAGGUUUAUUUUAUUUCUGAGUAGAGGAGUUACUAUGAAUGGAGGAUAAAUGUUGCCAAAGGCUGACAGCAGCAGUUACGUCCUCCUCUCUCUCCUCUUCGUCCUCACAUUAACAGACCCACCACGGGCAGGUCCAAGGCUAGCUCUGGCAAGAUUAUUGUCAGAACUGCGCUGCAGCCCUGGACAGUUUGCCUGCCGCAGUGGGAAGAUGCAAUGCAUCCCGAUGUCCUGGCAGUGUGACGGCUGGACGGCUUGUGAGGACAAGAGCGAUGAGUUGGACUGCCCCCCCAUGAAGGAGGAGACAUUACACUUUGCCAAUGGGUUUGGUAACGAGUUUGACCAAGUGGAAGACGUCAUCGGUGUGGCCCAGCCUGUGCGCUUUAACAAGAAGUGCCCUAGUGGGUGGCAUCACUACGAGAAGACAGCCAGCUGCUACAAAGUGUACCUGAGGAAUGAGAACUACUGGCAGGCUGUGGACACCUGUCAGAAAGUCAAUGGCUCGUUGGCGACCUUCGUCACCAACGAGGAACUGCAGUUCAUCCUCAAGAUUGAGGUGGAUUUCGACGAGGAAGUGUGCGAGCGCAGAGACCAGUGCAAGUUCUGGGUGGGUUACCAGUAUGUAAUCACCAAUCAGAACCAUUCACUGGAGGGCCAUUGGGAAGUGUCAUAUAAAGGGUCGAUGCAGGUGUUCUUGCCGCCAGAGGGCCUGACUAAUUUCGGAGAGGCAUCUCCGACCCAGGACAAUGUCUUCUGUGCCCAGCUGCAGCGCUUCCAGAUCAAGAGUAUGAACGAGCGCGGCCUUCACAGCUGGCACGCCGAGAACUGCUACAAGAAGUUCCCCUUUCUGUGCAAGAGUAGGCAGACAUGUGUGGACAUAAAGGACCAGGUGGUGACCGAGGGGUACUACUUCACCCCUAAGGGAGAAGACCCGUGCCUGAGCUGCACAUGUCACGAAGGCGAGCCAGAGAUGUGUGUGGCUGCGCUGUGUAAUCGGCCGGAGGGCUGCAAGAACUUCGGCAAGGACCCCAAGGAGUGCUGCAAGUUCACCUGCCUGGACCGAGAAGGCAGCAGCCUGUUUGACUCCAUGGCCAGUGGGAUGCGUCUGAUCGUUAGCUGUAUCUCCUCCUUCCUCAUCCUCUCUCUGCUGCUCUUCAUGGUGCACAGGCUCCGGCAGCGCAGACGCGAGCGCAUCGAAACACUCAUUGGAGUGCACCAUUUCAACCUUGGGCGGCGAGUCCCAGGCUUUGACUAUGGCCCGGACGCUUUUGGCACUGGCCUCACUCCCCUGCACCUCUCUGAUGAUGGAGAGAGAGGCGCAUUUCAUUUCCAGGAACCUCCCCCUCCCUACGCUGCCUACAAAUACCCUGACAUCCAGCACCCAGACGACCCCCCUCCUCCCUACGACGCCUCCAUCAACCCAGACAGUAUCCUCUAUGUGGACCUCGCACGCCAUGGUGUUCAGAUGAUCCCUAGUCAGAUGAGGGACGUGGUAGAUGCCAUGACAGAUGCCCCAGCGCCACAUGUCCCCGAGCCAGACCCCGUGCCAAUGUCCCCCCAGGAACGGGAGGACUCCAUCGACAGCAGCACCCUCCUGGUGGGGCCCGCCACGCCUGACUCCAUGCCUGUAGACUGCAGCAGCAGCUCCUCCCUAAGCACCGUGGUAUAGGACUGGGGGGGGGUGCUGCUCCCGUCUGAACCCACAGACUGAGAGAGGAGGACAUUGCCAGACUGGUCCAUCAGAUGGGGGUCCAUUAGUUAGAGGAGAGGGUGGGAAGAGACUGGAAUGGGAUGGCAAUAGACAGUGUAGAGACGGUAUCAGGGUAGACUGAUGGACCAGUCCACUUCUUGAGGUGUGAGGAGAAUCGGACUGGUGUGUUUCUUAAACAGGUGAACUGAAACCAAGUGGGUGUCUGUCAGAACUUGGGAGAAAGGCACUGGAUCAGACCGCUUUCUUCUAGAUGAACACAGACGGGCGAGUAAGACAAUCAAAAGGAUAUGGAAGACUGAUUAUUCUGUACAGAGAAGACAGACAACACUACACCAGGCUGUGCUUAGUUUUGUAGUUUUCUUUGGACAACGCUUUUGAAUUAUUUGGUUUGUUUGAGCUUCAUGCUCAAGAUUGACCCCAAUAUAAAUACUCCCUCAGGCAUUACACCAGUUAAUAAUGAAGGGGGGGGGUGUUGGUUAGAUGGAUCCACUUCAGCUUAAGUCCUUUGCAUUUCUUAGUUUGCAUCCUACUGUUUAUGUCCUGGAGGCCGAGGCAGAGCUUGGAUUGUCAGUUGUUGACAAUUUGUAUUUUUAUUUCACCUUUAUUUAACCAGGUAGGCCAGUUGAGAACAAGUUCUCAUUUACAACUGCGACCUGGCCAAGAUAAAGCAAAGCAGUGCGAUAAAGACAACACAGAGACAAUGACUCACAUGACUUAGCUCUCUCUCCCAAGUCUCCUCUAUGAAAGAAAUACAUUAUUUUCCUGUCCCAAGCAUUGCCUCUGAACUUGGAUUUCUGCCCUCUCCAAUCAAUCUGAUAUGCUAAGACGUGUUCCAGAUUGAUAUCACAAUGGUAAAUAGAAAAAUGAGAGGUUCUGCUACAAGAGGUUUUGUAACCUUGCAGAAAUAUUUAGGUAUGGUUAUUGUUAGCUCCAGCUAACACACUGCUGUGUGUUAAUGUCUUUUUUAUGAGGUAACUACAACUUUUACAAGAAUCUUGCUACAAUAUUGCAUUUUGUUCAUGAGUUCUUGUUGAAGUAGAUGUUCAUUGGUUGAGUAUUGUGUCCUUUUCUUGGGUAAGAAGAUAGAUGAUGGGUCCCCCAUGUUAGUCAAUAGUUCACCACAUGAAAGAGAAUGUCAAUGGUGAGUGUGAAUUAAGGUUAGAUUUUCAUGUGUAGUUACUUACUGUUUUAUACCCCAUCAUGAAAUUUGUAAAAGUAAACUUCUUUAGAUAAAGCGUUCUCUUCAUGAAAUCA